UGGGAGGCGGCUAAGCCGUGGGCUCCGGAGAGCGCAGCUCUCCUCCGGCUUUUCCUGGAGAAUGGCUCAGAAGGAGAACGCCUACCCCUGGCCCUACGGCUCGCUGAAGUCUCAUUCCGGCCUGAACACCCUGCCCCAGAGAGUGCUGCGGAAGGAGCCAGCUGUGACACUUGCUCUCAUGAGCCGGACCAGUGGCCAGUGCACAGCCGCCCCUGGCCAGAAGUUGUCUGAAAAUGUCAGUCGGGGCCCCACUGCCUUGCGGACCCUCACUAUUGACGACUUUGAGAUUGGGCGUCCUCUGGGCAAAGGCAAAUUUGGAAAUGUGUAUUUGGCCCGGGAGAAGAAAAGCCAGUUCAUUGUGGCCCUCAAGAUCCUCUUCAAGUCUCAGAUUGAGAAGGAGGGAGUGGAGCACCAGCUGCGCCGAGAGAUCGAAAUCCAGGCACAUCUGAAACAUCCCAACAUUCUCCAGCUCUACAACUACUUCUAUGACCGGCGGAGGAUCUACUUGAUACUGGAAUAUGCCCCGCGCGGGGAGCUCUACAAGGAACUACAGAAGAACCGAACUUUCGAUGAGCAGCGGACAGCCACGAUCAUGGAGGAGCUGUCGGAUGCCCUGAUGUACUGCCACAAGAAGAAGGUGAUUCACAGAGACAUAAAACCCGAGAACCUGCUGUUGGGUCUCCAGGGGGAGCUGAAGAUUGCGGACUUCGGCUGGUCUGUGCACGCCCCCUCCCUGAGGAGGAAGACCAUGUGUGGCACCCUGGACUAUCUUCCCCCAGAGAUGAUUGAGGGGCGCAUGCAUAAUGAAAUGGUAGAUCUAUGGUGCAUUGGGGUGCUCUGCUAUGAACUGUUGGUGGGGAACCCCCCCUUCGAGACUGCUAACCACAGUGAGACAUACCGUCGGAUUGUCAAGGUGGACCUGAAGUUCCCCCCUUCUGUGCCUGAGGGUGCCAAGGACCUCAUCUCUAAACUGCUCAAGCACAACCCUUCAGAACGGCUGCCCCUGGCCCAGGUUGCAGCUCACCCUUGGGUCCGGGCCCAUUCUCAGAGGGUACUGUCUCCCUCUGCCCUUCAGCCUGUCUCUUGAUUUUUGUCUCUGUCCUUGGCUUGGUUUUCUUUGUAUAUUUGUGUAUGUGUUGGGGGAGGGUUUGUUCAUGACUAUGCACAACUCCCGUUCUAGGGAAUCUGACCCCCCUUUGACCUCCACAGGCAAAACCAGACUUACCUGGGGUGCACACACACAUAGGUGAAACAUAAAAUUAAAACAGUGCAGGAGUGAUGGCUCCGCAGUUAAAAGCACUGGCUGUUCUUCCAGAGAUCCAGGAGUUCAAUGCACGGCACCCCAUGGCGCUCACGGCCAUCUGUAACUCCAGUCUGGGGAAUCUGCAGGUGCUGGGCAUGGAUGUGGUACCCAUACAUACAUGCCAAACGCCCAUACACAAUUCAAAACCAUAUAGUCUGAUUUCUUUCAAUUUGCCAAAUGUUGAAUGUUAUUUUAAAAUACCAUAAGCCAAAAAUGCAUUUAAUCCAGUUUGUCUAUGAAACAUGCUUAGCCUAGCCUAUCUUAAAUUCAAAAAAAUAUGUAGCCCAAAGUAUAUUUUAUAAUAAAGUCUUAAAUAUUU